UGUGAGUAAUGCUCUUGGAGACCCAGGGGACGCCAUGUCAGAAGAGGCAAUCUCAGGGAGCGACCUGGAGCCCGGCCUUAACAGCGAGGAGGAGGAAGAGGAGAUGGAGGAGGAAGAGGAUGGAGAGAAUGAUGGGGAUGAUGAAGAAGAUCCAAUCGAUCAGCUUGAGAGCAUGGACACUGAAGAUCAGAGAGAUCAGAGCAGCCCCCCACCUACCUCACCAUCUAGAGACUCCACCCCUGACCCCACAUCCCGACCCCCCUCCCAACCCUCCUCCACCUCACGAACGUCAUCACGACCCGGCUCUCAACCUCCAUCCAGUCCAGACAGCCGCAGCAAUGCCUCAGUCAAUGACAACGCACUGAAGAAGUCCAAGUCCAAACCUGCUCACUUGAGGAGGAAUAUCCGGAAGCUGCUUACAGAGCACCAGCUGGAGGCGGGAACCAAAGCCGCCCAGCAGGAGGAGCUCGAGAGACGUCGGCGUCUGGAGCAACAGCGGAAGGACUUCCCCCUUUAUCCAGAUAUAGCCACUGCAGCACCGGGGCCCAAACAGGAAGUGAUCUGUCUGGACAGCAGUGGUGAUGAGGGCGAGGCUAAAGAGGCCCCAUCCCCUGAGUUACCUGCCCGCAGAGAUGAUGUGAUUGAGUUGAGUUCUGGUGAUGAAGACACUCAACGGAUCAGCAGUGAGGAAGACAAUAAUGAAGGUCGCUCAGUCACACCCAGCACAGAUGAGAGCAGCGGGUCUCAUGUAAAUGACAUACUCAAUCAGCCAGACACCCAGGGCAGGGUGCUGGUCAAUAUCAAUCACCCGGGAGACGAAGAGGACCUGUUUCUCGCCCCUCAACUCGCCCGUGCAGUCAAACCACACCAGAUUGGUGGUAUCCGUUUUCUGUAUGAUAACCUGGUGGAGUCUCUUGAGCGGUAUAAGAGCAGCAGUGGGUUUGGCUGUAUUCUGGCUCACAGUAUGGGCCUGGGCAAAACCCUGCAGGUCAUCUCCUUUAUCGACGUCCUGCUGCGGCACACUGGAGCCAAAACUGUUCUCGCCAUUGUACCUGUGAAUACACUACAGAACUGGUUAGCUGAGUUUAAUCUCUGGCUGCCUGCUGCUGAGUCCCUUCCCCCUGACACAGAUCCUGCCCAGGUUUUACCUCGAACCUUCAAGGUUCACAUCCUCAAUGAUGAGCACAAAACCACAGUGGCACGGGCCAAAGUGGUGGAGGACUGGACUCGUGAUGGUGGCGUGCUGCUAAUGGGUUACGAGAUGUACCGCCUGCUGUCUCUCAAAAAGAGCUUUGUGACCGGCCGCAAGAGGAAGUCCAAGAAACCCGCUGGACCUGUUAUUAUUGACCUGGAUGAAGAGGACCGGCAGCAAGAGCUCAUGAAAGGGAUUGAGAGAGCGCUGUCUCGGCCCGGUCCGGAUGUUGUUAUAUGUGAUGAGGGUCACCGUAUCAAGAACUGCCACGCCAGCACCUCCCAGACCCUGAAGAACAUCCGGUCACGGCGACGGGUAGUUUUGACCGGAUACCCACUGCAAAACAACCUGAUUGAGUAUUGGUGCAUGGUGGAUUUCGUCCGACCUGAUUUCCUCGGUACGCGGCAGGAGUUUAGUAACAUGUUCGAGAGGCCCAUUCUGAAUGGACAGUGUGUAGACAGCACACCACAAGACGUUCGGCUCAUGAGAUACAGGAGUCACGUAUUGCACAGCCUGCUGGAAGGCUUUGUGCAGAGACGAGGUCAUGAUGUCCUACGAAUGCAGCUUCCUGAGAAAGAGGAGCAUGUGAUCCUGGUACGACUGUCUCGUCUGCAGAGGGCGCUCUACACUGAGUUUAUGAACCGUUUCAGAGAGGCGGGAAACAGCGGGUGGCUUGGACUCAACCCACUCAAAGCUUUCUGUGUCUGCUGCAAGAUCUGGAAUCACCCUGAUGUUUUGUACGAGGCUCUUCAAAAGGAGAAUCUGGCCAAUGAGCAGGAUCUGGAUCUGGAUGACCUCAACUCCACCAGCGGGACCCGCUGCUCUGCCCCGGGACUGAAGGGCAAAACAUCUGACCCCGCCAACAGCAAGAUGACCGUGGCUCCAAUGGGUCUGAAUCCCUUACAGGAGAGAGCCAACCAAGUCAUCACUUAUGAAUGGGCAAAAGACAUCAUGACCAACUACCAGACAGGUGUUUUGGAAAACUCUGCAAAGAUGGUUCUGUUGUUCCACCUUAUUGACGCGAGUGUUAGCCGAGGAGAUAAAAUACUGGUUUUCAGUCAGAGUUUAUCCACACUCACUGUUAUCGAAGAUUUCCUCUGUCAGAGGCCCAUGCCAAUCCAAACAGAAACCGGGGUGCACAACUGGGUCCGCAACGUCAAUUACUACAGGUUGGAUGGGAGCACAUCAGCUUCAGAGCGAGAAAGACUCAUCAACCAGUUUAACGACCCAUCAAACAACCAAGCCUGGGUCUUCCUGCUGUCCACUAGGGCUGGCUGUUUGGGGGUGAAUCUGAUUGGGGCAAAUCGCGUCGUGGUUUUCGACGCCUCGUGGAAUCCGUGUCACGACGCUCAGGCCGUUUGUCGCGUGUAUCGCUAUGGCCAGCACAAACCUUGUCACAUCUACAGGCUGGUGUGUGACUUCACACUGGAGAAGAAGAUCUAUGAUCGACAGGUGUCCAAGCAGGGCAUGUCUGAUCGAGUUGUAGAUGAUUUGAACCCUGUUCUUACCUUCACACGGAAGGAGGUGGAGUCUUUGCUGCACUUUGUAGAGGAGGAGCCUAAUCCUAACCAGUCAGAACUGGUCCCUAGUGAGGACAUGGAAAUUGUCAUAAAACAGGCCUGUUUGCUUUACCCGCACCUAUUAACCAAGCAACCAUUCCAUCAUGAGUCUCUACUGAUGGACCGCAAGGAUUUGAAACUGACCAAAGCAGAAAAGCGAGCAGCCAAGAAGAGCUAUGAAGAUGAGAAGCGGGCAUCCGUGCCCUAUCAGCGGCCCUCUUAUGCACAUUAUUACCCAGCUAGCGACCAGAGUCUCACCAAUAUCCCUGCCUUCAGCCAGAGAAACUGGCGCCCCACCCCUCAUUUAGAAGAGAAGCCAGUUGCAAGUGUCAGGCCGGUCCAGUCCACACCCAUUCCCAUGAUGCCACGGCAGGUACCCAUGGGCGUCCCCAGUUCAAGUGCGGGAUUUCCGGUCAACUACCUGCAAAAGGCUGGUGUCUACGUUCAACGAGUUGUCACCACCACAGAUAUUGUGAUCCCAGGGUCCAACAGCAGCACAGAUGUCCAGGCCCGGAUCGGUGCUGGAGAGAGUAUUCAUGUUAUCAGAGGAUCCAAAGGCACAUACAUAAGGACCAAUGAUGGAAGGAUAUUUGCCAUCCGCUCUGGAAAGCCAAGACCACCUGACGUAGGAGCCACAGCCUCAAGAGAGGACUCGGGUUCCACCUUGCACUCUGUCAGUAAUGGUCGCGCAUCGCCUCAAGAGCAAAAACGUUUAACCCCAGAAGCUCAACCUCGCUCUUCGCCCCCACACAGUUCUGAGCUGCUCCGAGAGUUCUACGCCAACAAGGACACCAUUCCUGUGGGAAAUAACUUACCUUCCCCGGGAACACCUGAACCCUCGGGAAUGGACAGACCCUCCCAACACAGCCGCGUUCCCGAGCAGCACCGGCAGCUUGGCAAUGAUGCCAUCACAUCCCUGGACGUCCAAAAUUUGAAACGGAAGCUUGCAGAAAGUCGGACAUCCAAACAAUCUAGCGCCAAACGGACCCCGACUUCUGCCGGUGCUGCCGGGAGUUACCCGGGGUUUCCUUUAAGCAGCGCAUAUGGGUUUCCGCCAAUGGGGCUGAACCCUGCCCUAUUAGGUGCACUGGGUCACUUGACUCCACCCGCACUUGGAAGUAGGUCGCAUCUCCUGCAACAAGCUGGGCAGACGCUAGGCGACUUAAACGCAAUGUUCCCCUCCGAGACUCUUGGAUUGAGAGCGUCCAACAGCUCUUUCGCCUCAGCUUGCUCCACCGACACCACCUCGACAACUCACGCCAGUAUGCUGGCAUCUUCAUCCUCUGUUCCCUCUUCUUCAUCAUCUUCCUCUUCCUCCACCCUUCCACCUUUCAUGAUGAACCCAGGGAUGGCAAGCAUGCUAUCCAGCUUCCCGGUACCGUUUUCCCAACCUUUGUUCCCGAGUUCCUUUCACCCUAGAGGCCUAACAUCUACUCCUGCCUCAACUGCUUCCACCUUUCUCUCGUCCUCCGGCCUGUUGGGGGCAGCGUUCAGCAACCCUGAAACGCACCCAUCCGUAGCUGAAAACGGAGGAAGCAGCUCAGAUGACGAUGUCAUUGAGGUUAUGGGCCAGUGAGGGACUGUGAUCGGCUGCCUCUUCGAUUCCAUUGUUGUGAAAGGAAUGAUCCGAUUGGACGAAGCUGAAAUAAUAUAAAUCCAAAUGCUGAAUAUGCAUUGAAAGGGGAUAUAUAUUUUUCCUAACAGUAAGGGACCAGAGGGCUUACGGGAAGAGCCCUAGUUGUAUCUCCUUCGUGGACCUGGAAACGGACCUUAUGAACUGUAGAGAAUACCGAACCGAACAUAAUGUGAUUGUCUUUACGAACCGUUUGCAUUCGUAAGAGAUUACUUUAGAGAUACAUAGCUGUUUGCUAGACCUUGUAGCAUCACCUGGAAUGAUAAAAGAAAAGAUACAUGACUUUUAUUAUAAUUGUAAGUACUACUAUUGCAUUUUGUAAAUGGUGGUUCUAUAGGAAUAUUCUUAAGGCCAAAGUAUACUCCAGUUGUCCAUGUGCCGCUACAUCUUGUGCACAGUCCGCACACAGCCCAAUAUUUAUAGAAUAGUGGACAGUCCACUUCAGUGCACAUUGUCUGCGCAUGUGCCUGCCGUUGACUGUCCUAAAGAGUAUCAAAAAGCAGUCGUAGCACGCACGCGUCAAACUGGACCACACAGAGUCACGGUAAAAAAAAACAUGCUUUGAAAGACUGAGCCUGACUGUGUGCUAGACGGAACAGCACAUGGAAAAACUCAGUAUACUCUAUAGCCGUUAGUUGUGUUGAUCAUUGAAAUCACAGACUGGGCAAACGAGUUCAUAAUGGUUGAAUCAUAGAGCGACGUAAGCCAUGCCUAGCGUUCAGCACCACCAAGACCUUUUCUUUCCUUUAACAAAAAACAAACAAACAAGGAAAACCUUAAAAACUCGAAUGUAUUUUCAUGUUAGCCUUUAAAAUCUGGUGGAGGGACGUAAGUUUAGUGCGUUUAGUUCGAUAUUAGCCUUAAAGCAGACAAAUGGAUCUGUGUUCUCAUUCAAUUGUGUAGCAACAAAAUCAUCUGUCAUUCGCCAUUAUCUUACGAAUGUGUAGACUGUUAUGCGACCCUACUAGCUAUUGUUUUUUUUUCCCAAAUAUGCGCUUCGGAUAAUUUAGCGCGGUCAUUACGUUAGCGGGCAAUUUCAUCUGUGCUGGGGCCACAGUCAUGACUAAAGUGUUAGUUUGGCCAUUUCGAAGAAUCACAAUGCGUUAAACGUUUGUGUUAAUGUUGAUUCGUAUUUACAUGCGUGCUGGUUGACCUGUGACUGACAAAUCCCUCAGCCAAUAACACUGUUCAUUCUCUGUGCCUAUUAGAGCUCUUUACUUUGACUCCUCCCACAAUCUGCGUUCUCAUUAGCAGAUACCCAUGUUAUGAUUUUUGAGUCUGCAGACGCUGUUAUAUAAAUACUGUUGUGUGCAUUUGAUAUGUGAUUAUUAUAUUGGGUUUUUUUUUCUUUGUUUUGUAACAUCUUAUGAUAUGAAUUCAUUUUUUUCUUUUCACUAUGUACAAAUUUACCUGAAAUAUUUAUUUAUAAUGCUGAAGAAUAAUUCAUUUUCAUUCUUUUUUUAUUUUAUUUUAUUUUUUAGACAUUUUCGACCUUUUAUAAGAAGAAAAAAAGAUCCCUCCAAUCAGAGAGAUGAGGGGUUUUUUCCCGUAGGCAAGUUUAAGACCACGAUCUGUGAGAGAUUCAGCAGUCGGGACCCAAAAACAUGUGAUCGCAUACAAACCCCAGGAGGUGUACACAUGUCAUCUCAUGUUCCCAGCACGGGGAGGAGUAGAUUCAAAUGACAUUGUAUUUAUUAAAUAUCAUUUUAACAUAAAUAAACUUGACUCCUCCUGUAUUCAGAAUAUAGUUCUUCCUUGGUUCUCAGUCUUGUGUGACUUCAGCUUGACUUUUUUUUUUUUAACAGUAUUUGUGUAGAUUUUUAGACAGGUUUUUGCCAGUUACUCUGAAUUUGCUCUGCAUGUAAACACCUUUACUGGCUUUCUUACUGUUUAUGUUUUAGACAUCAAAAUCCGAGCAUUAUCCAAUGAUUUCAAAUUAUGACAGAUUUUUUUUAAUAAGAUGAUUUUUGGUAGUUAUCAGUGUAUUUUGUGCAUGUAAACUUGCUCAAUGUUUAGACCUACAUUAAUUUAUAAUAAUAAUAUAUAAUGGUAUGAUAUUAAUUACUUAACCAUUACAAAUUAUCAUAAUAUUGAUAUGUUAUCAUUUAUAAAAGAAAAUGCAUUACACUACAUUUUUUAUUUAUCAGUUUUAUCCGGUUGUAGCUGUAUCAUUUCGGCUCCUACUUUUGAUAUACCAUCGUAUUAAAACUACUUAUUAAAGUAUAAAAUUAUGACCGUCAUAUUAAACUAUUCUUAUUUCCACCUGUUUCUUCUCAGAUAUGACACAGGUCGUCAUAUAUAGGUACAUUUCCAUACAUAUUCAUUUAGAUCAGCGAAUAAAAAUGACAUAAUUCUGAAUCACUAUCGAGAACGCGGCAAACUUCCCGAUUAAAAUAACACGUUCAAAAUAAAAGUCCCGUCUCGAUUACCAAUAAUGACACCGAAGCACGAUAUUAUUUGAUUGUAUGGCACAGAUUAAAACAAAGCAAUUCAUAAAUGAUAUUUAUGUAUUUAUUUAUAAAAGGAAAUGUUUAACAAAUGAAAUUUCUACAUCCGGCUGCAGCUGUAUAGUUUCAGCGCCAACUCAUGAUAUACGGUGAUAUUAAACUACUUAUUCAACGACCGA